AUGAUCCAAUUAUCUUCCGACCUCGGGCUGAAGCUCUGUGUGGGGAUAUUUCUUUUGAGCUCGCUAUUCCUUACUACCUCCUACAAUACCACAUUCGCUUUUGAUCGCCCGAUCAGUACAUCUGUCCUGGUAUGCUUCCUUACAGGGGUCACUCUCUUGGUAUGGAGUCGCUUCGUUUCAUUGGGGUCGGCGCCAUCGUCGCCAACAAGUAAACGGCCAAUUAUCCCUCUUGCGGAGCAAUUUGAGCUUCCUUCCCGCGCAUCGACCUCAUCUUUCGCACUGGGUGAUGUCGAGACUCGCCCUCGGCUACGGUUCCAAUCGUGGUGGAUAAAGCUCGGUCUCUUGUUAGGGUUGUGUGGUUUACGAAUCGAGUCGUUCCGCCAAGUAACCCGGAACACUGAAUGCGCGCCCGCUGGAUACGCUUACGCUAUUCCUUUCGUCAUUUCGCUCUAUGACUACUGGCGCAACCAGCGAUCACGACAAGUGGACAGAUAUGUCCCUACCCAACGAUUCGAAAACCUGCCGCUACAGGUGGUCUACUCUGUUUCCCGCCGGAGCUUCUAUUAUCUUACGCAAAGUCGCUCCAGAGGUUUAAUUGCAGCCGCAUUUUUGUCGAUUGGUGGGCUGUUGGCUUCAUCGUUCUCAGCCGGCACCCGAUCAACCUAUGUCUGUCCCAUUGUAUUACAUGGGGCAUCGCGCCUACGAUCAUACAGGCUGUUCAACCUGUUUGCUGAUUCUGUUAUACUUUUCGGUAUUACCGAGAUAUGUCGGAUUGGUGCUCAAUUUGAUGAUGUGCGCAGAAAACGAGCUUUGACGUUCCUUGGAGCUGGUCUCUUGGGUCUUUCUUUGGUCUGGAGUAUUAUAUCCUUCUGGGUACCAGAUAGUUCUCCUGAACUUGCCGGUCAACCCAUGUUGGAUCUAGAGUAUUCGCGCGGCGCUUUCAGCCAGUCUGUGUUGGUUGUAAUACUGGUCUUAUCGGCCUGGCAUAUGUUGCCGCAUUUCGACAUCCUUGGAGUGUCAAUUAUAGGUGGUUUCAUGAUCGUGUACUUCUCGUCUCUAUCGGCCCUCACCGGAGGACAAUCACCCUUCCCAUUCAUCUCUCUAACUCAUGCUGUUCUCCCGUUGGCUGCGUCUUUGACGGGUGUCCUCCUAUUUCUUCUUGCACGAGUGGUUCAUGACGAAGAGCCAAAAUUAUACCGCACCAACGUUGCCAUACAAAUAUUGUUCGCCGUGCUAUUUGGAAUUAGUCUCGUUUUUGCAGUGAGCAAGCAUCGUCUUGAUGAUAUACACCCGAUUGAGUUCCUCAUCAACGACGGCAAAUUUCAACAUGACAACUAUCUCGCUCAGGCGUCUAGGAGCAAAACUCUUGGAGAUGCUGUUUCCGAAUACCGGAGGCGAUAUCAUCAGCAUCCACCACCGGGCUUUGACCAAUGGUAUCAAUAUGCCACUACCCGAUCGUCAGCUAUCGUCGAUGAUUUCGAUCAGAUAUACCAUGAUCUACUUCCCUUCCGAGCCCUGGCUCCGGAGCACAUCCGCGCAAUGACGCACGAACUGGCCACAAACCCUUUCAAUGAUCUCGGUGGAAUCAGGAUUCGCAACGGCACAGCCAUGGUGCAAGAAGGGAUCAAACCGACCCAUGCGUGGAUGGUGGCGGGUGCCGCGGACAUGAUGAACAAUUUCGCCAAAUAUCUCCCGGAUAUGGACUUGGUGUUCAAUCUGAAUGAUGAACCACGUGUUGCAGUUCCCUGGGAGAAAAUAUCAAUGUUGAAUCGGCAGACUGAGAUGCAAGAAGUGAUCCCUAAGGAGCGCAUGGUGCAGACUUGGUCGACCAACCGAGAGGAGGGCUGGGCCCCCAUUGAACCGGCCGAUCAAACCAACAUUACCGUUUUCACUGACGGGGCGUGGAGGGGGAUUUUUGACCCUUACGUGAGCGCUGUCUGCCCGCCUUCAUCGAAGGCGCGCUCUCAACGAAUCUGGAAUCGUCGUGAUAUCUGUCUCUCAUGCGCGGCUCCUCAUUCUAUAGGCCAAUUCCCCCUGAAUUUCAACCUCGCCUCCGAAAUCUGCCACCAACCCGACCUUGCCUUCCUCCACGGCCUUCUUAUCUCACCGGCAUCAUUCAAGGUGUCACAGGAACUCAUCCCGGUAUUCAGCCAGAGCGCCCUCACCGGAUUCAACGACAUCCUCUUCCCAAGUCCAUGGAACUACAUCGACAAGGUAAAAUACCAACCCACAGACGAACACCCAGAUCUAGAAUACGCCAACAAAAAGAACUCCCUCUACUGGCUCGGCAGCACAUCAGAAGGCGUCAGCCGCUUCGGCGAGUGGAAAGGCAUGCCACGCCAGCGCUUCACACACCUAAUAAACAACAACACCAACAACCAAGUCUCUGUCCUCCUCCCAACAGACUCGAACGAAAACGCCUUCCGCUACGAGAUAAUGGACGGCAGCGCCCCGACCUCUGACCUCCACCUCCAAACCUCCGUCCACCUCGCCGACCCAAUCGUCCGCUGCGGCGACUGCGCUGACCAAGCCGCAGAAUUUGGCACCGCGGGCUGGGCAGACUUCCAAGCGCACUGGUCGCACCGCUUCCUCUUCGACCUCGAUGGCGCAGGCUUCAGCGGCCGCUUCCUCCCCUUCCUACGCAGCCAUAGCCUGCCCCUCAAAACGGGUCUUUUCCGCCAGUGGUUCGACUCCCGGGUCACCUCGUGGUUGCACUUCGUCCCUGUCGAUAUCCGUCUCCAUGGCCUAUGGAGUACGCUUGCGUACUUUGCCGGCGUGCCUGCUGCCGCGUCUGAGGGGAGUGGUCCUAAUGCCCCGCAGAUGCGCAUGAAGGCGCAUGAUAGGCAGGGAAAGCGAAUUGCGGAGGAAGGGCGGAAUUGGGCGAACACAGCGUUGAGGAAGGAGGACAUGGAGAUUUACUUCUUUCGGCUGCUUUUGGAAUGGGGUCGACUUACGGAUGAUCAACGCGAUGUUCUUGGGUUUGGGGGCUCAGGUUAA